AUGGAUGAAAAACGACUGUAUUAUAACAGAAUAUUGUUGAAAUAACAAUUUUGUGUACAAAUUUCGGAAUAAACUUUCGUGGAUAAUUGGAAUACAAUGUAUCAAUUUACUGGAAUAUUUGUCUUCCUCAUAUAUACUGUGUAUGGACAACAAACACCUUACUGCACGAAAUUCACCGGUACAGCUAGCCCGAACGAUCCUACAUUACCGGACCUGCCAGAUCAGUUCCAGACGACAAUAGAGGCGAAUUUCGUCAUUAAAGGAUACACGAUAACUGCGUAUGAAUAUUUUGACAAUCCUGGUAACCGAGCGGCGAUGAGAGCAAACAAAAAUGAUACAGACAAUAUCUCAUUAUUUGAUUAUACAAAUAAUCAAUUAACAUUCAUCAAUGGAAAAUCAUGUCAAGUAAAGAAUCUCACCACGGAUCCGACAGACGUCUAUUUUGGCAGCUUUUCAAAGGGUGGAAUUCCUCCUCAUAUUCUUAACUCUAGAGGAGCCCUACAUUUUCUAAAAUCAUCCGGACAGCAAUACAUGGGUAAAGAUGUAGUUCGAGGUAUCAGCGUUGAUCAUUGGAGAUCAUGUAUAUACUGGCCACAGAUUCGAGCCAACUUUACCCUAGACUACUAUUUCACGGUUCAAGAAUGGAAAGACGCUAUAGCAUAUCCUAGAAUUCCAGUUCGAGCUUACGUGAAGGGAGUGACUGAAGACUUUACAGGGGCGGUGUCACAUGUUGAACAUUACUAUGAUUAUGUUGACUUUAGAACAGAAAUUGCUGACUUGACAGUUUUUGAAGCAAGAAUUGCUUACAUAGUAGACAAAGUCAAAGGCAACUGUCAUGUGACUGGUAUAUCUGAAACAGAAAUGACGUCAGAUUUCAAUCAAACGGCUGCUGGAAUGGACAAUCUCUGGUUUGCAUUAACAUUAAAAGGACCAAGAGAAAUUCUCGGUCUGGAUGGUAAUUUCACAUACAUAGGAAAG